CAAACACAUGAGUUAUAAAAACAUAAACAAUGUGCAUUAAAAUUAAUUUUUAAUCUCUUAAAAAGCACAAAAAAUCUUCUAAAUGAUAAACUCUGGUUGCAUCUUUGUUCUAAGAUGCAUUUCUUCAAAUGUCAGACCACAAUUCGUCAAUAAAACUGUGAGAUGCAUUUCGACAACAAUUACAAAAUAUUCUCCUCCUCCGGAACUCAACAAAAGUAAGAAAAAUGAUUUUUCGCCGAAGAAUUUCGGAUUGAACGCAGUCUUGCAACGCUUCAAGGGAUCAAUUUCCGGAAACAUCAUGCAAGAAAGCAUCAACACGCUUCAAGUCAAGAAACGUCCUAUCAAGAAACGGAAACAGGAAGCUGAAGCCGGAUAUUUUGGUGUCACAGCAUAUGCCACUGCCGACGAAUAUGACUUGGAACGCCUCGCAAAAUCACUUCGAGAGCAAGAUUUGUAUGCACACCAAAAAUUCUUCCCCGAAGACUCGAAUGACGAGGAGCCCAAAGAUGUUUUGCAUGUUCGUGCAAAAAUUCAAGUCGAAGCAGAACCUCGUGACAUUUACUUUUUCCGCGAAGGGACUGUCGUUAUGUGGAAUUGCACAGAUCUGGAAUGCGGCAACAUCUUGACGUACUUGAAACAAUUCGAAAUUGACUUUUACGACGAGAACGUGGUGCACGAAGAAUGCGAGAUGAUGAUGUACAAUUACACGAAAACCGACGGAAACGCCUUUUUGCGAAACAAUAAAUUUUAUUUGAGCAAAUCCGGGUCGCCGAACAACAAUUUGGAGCGAUACACGUACUCGAAUGCCAUUUCGCUGUCAGUAAAGCUAGGAAUUUGGGAAGCCUCGUUGGACCAAUACAUAAAUUCGAUGGAAUUUGUGACGGAAGACUUGAAAAAAGGUGAACGCAUCAAAAUUUCACGACAAGAUAUGCUUCGAAAAACGGGAGAAUUGUUCGCGUUGAGACAUUUGAUUAAUUUGAGCUCGGAUUUGUUGGAUACGCCGGAUUUUUAUUGGGAUCGCGAUCAAUUGGAGACGUUGUAUCAACAGACUUGCAAUUAUUUUAGCAUUUCGCGCAGAACACGAGUGAUGAAUGAAAAGUUGAAUCAUUGUGUGGAGUUGGCGGAAUUGAUAAAUUCUAAUUUGAACGAUAUUCAUCACGUGCGGCUCGAAUGGAUGAUCAUCAUUCUCAUUAUGGUAGAAGUUGGAUUCGAAAUUCUUCAUUUUGCAGACAGGUUUUUGUAGGAAAUAAAGUUUAAUAGAGACAAUAAAUAAAUAAGUCUAGAAAAAAAAUUUUUUU